GAUUCCAGCAAGGAGCCGGCGGCAUGGAGAUUGGUCACGACGACUCGGUUGUUGCUCUUUCUGGCCACCUUGAGAUGCUUAGGAGGGAGAUCUCGUUUCUGAGGAGAGAGGUCACGUCCAGGGGGUUGUUGCCUGCUGGAAACAACAAGGUUUCUCAAGAGCACAUCUCCAACUUGUCCGCCCAGUUCAAGGAGAUGCGCACGCGACAAGUCACGGAGGUGAAUUUGCCUUACCUAGGUUGCAAGACUGGGGAGGAGGUAAUGGAUUUUCUCUUGGUCGAGACGCAGCAGCUGCUCUUCGGCUUCACCUCUCUCGCAUCCACUCUAAAAACAUUCAGAGUCCCCAUCUCACCGGACAAGGUUGAAAAGCUGCGUCACAUAUCCACUGCGCUUGUGGGCAUCUCGGAGCUUAUAAAGAGCCACAAAUGUGCUGCUCAAAAGGACGUUGAAGAUUGUUUGGACCGUGACGGCUGGGAGGCUACCUGGGGCAGCCGGACCGGAAGAAACGGUGGAUUUGAUGACAUAACAACAUUGAGUUCUAUGCACUUCACGGCCUCCACGCCCGAAAACUUCCGGUUCCCUUCCGUAGCUGGCCCUGCCUUGCUAGUAUACUCGAUCAAACUGGUUGAUCUCAAUCCUAAUCUGAGCUGGCCUCUUGAUGUCUACGGCGUGGUCGCCGCACGGGACGAUCUUGACCACAACCGCAACAUUCUCUUCUGCCGUUCAGAGGAAAACUGCCAAAGAAUUAAGCAAGAGGACCCCUUUUUGCACUUGACUGGCCUGUCUCGUGCAAUUGUGGCUGACGAGCCUGUUUUCUUUCAAAUUGAACUAAAAUUGAAAUAUGGAGCACAGUUCAAAGAUACAGCAUUGUUCACUGCCUACCAAAGGUACCGCCCCGUGAAGCAGUAUGACACCAUGCAUAUCAAUAGCUGCUGUUGUACAGCAGAGAUAAGUCUUGAGCGACUUUCUCCAUCAAUCCAGGCCACAAUUGUUGGUGUUCGUGUGGUUAAAGGGGAGCCUUUUAACUAUGGCUGCAAAGUUUCUUGCACGUUUUCUCCUCUUGACGUAAUGGAGGGAUGCACCGAGGAAGUUGUCUUGCUUGACUGCAGUGGCGAAAGGAUGCAUGCUGGAUUAGAUGGGUAUCUUCCUUUGUCAAGAAAUGUGGUGUCAGUGGGAUUGCAGGGCACACUCCAAGUUGUCAUAGGAGCAUAUUCAAAGUCCAAAUCCAGUAUCUCUCGAAUAAAUUACGUUCACUUUCCUGUCCAGCAGUGUCAAACAACUAUGCUUAAGUGUCAUGUUGGCGGCUCAGAAGUGGAGAUAGUUGUCGCUUGGUCUCGUCUUGUCAUGGACAAUCAUGAUCUUGUACUCGACGGCUAUUGAAGCAUUGGAGGCAGCAUCAGCAGGAACAUCGCCGAGCACCGGACUCCACCGCCCCGUCCGGAGCCUGACUAGCGCUAUUGCUAUUGUUUUAUGUAGGGGUUUGUUGUGCUGUGCCCCCAGCAAGACUUAUUUAUUUUUACUUGUCGCACUUGCCUCCUGAACUUUGGAUCCUGUUGUGUUGUCGGUGCACUUUGGAUCCUGAACUUUGGAUCCUGUUGUGUUGUCGGUGCACCUUGGAUGUUGAACUUUGGAUGCUGAACUUUAGAUGCUGUUAUGUUGUCGGUGCACUUUGGAUCUUGAACUUUGGA